CUCACUGGGCCCAUGCCAUGGGUUCUUCAAUUGGCCUUCGACCACUACAGUACUUGCUCCUCCUAAACCUAGUAGGUCUCCCUUCGUUUUCCUGCUCCUCAUGUCAAAUACUCACCUUACGGUUCGAUAAGUGCGUUUAUUAUCAUCCGUCGCAGCUAAUACCAGUCGCAGCUCAUGCGACAGUCAAGGGAGCAUGCGACACCGCCAUGCGACAGUAGUAGCAUGCGAUGCCGGACGCAACGGCUAAUGCGCAUCGAUAUCGUGUUCGUAAAAGGGCUAAGAAUGCACAUUCUCACAAUCCCUACCACUACUGCAGGCGACAUGCCGCCGCACCUUGCGUCUCGUCGACACCGCGAAGCUUCCUUGCGGGGUCGGAUCCUCGUGCUAGUACUCGUUAUAGCGUUAACGGAGCUUCGUACGGAGAGUACGGGAAGCGCCGCGACAGGUUUAGGGGCGGAAGCUAGCGAGCACAGGAGUUUCCGUAAUGCGGAGAUCGCUAAUAUUAAUCAAGUUAAUAUGAACAUGUCUUUUAGUCUGCUGGAGUACAAAAACGAAAUACCAGGCUCUCACGAAUCAUUCGUCAGGCAAAUCCAACUCGCGAAGGCUGUGCUUUCGGAUGCUGCUGACUCGGUCGAUUCUCGCUCUGACUCUUAUCGAGACGCUGACUCUGAUCAAGACGCUGGUUAUAAUAAGAACGCUUACGCUAAUUCUUACCCUGAUCGAAACGCUUACUCUCAUCAAAUCUCUUACCCUGGUCAAAACGCGGAAUCUGACAAAAACGCUGACUUCGAUGGAACUGCUCGCACUUCCGAUCAUGGGACCGCAGUACCCAGUAUCGCGAAUAGCAGCACGAGCCUUGAUGGUCACGAUGCGAGUGUUCGGCUUGCAUCCAGGCGAGUGGUGAGGAGAGGCUUGCAAGCCGCGCAGGAGACAGUCUCGGAGGAUACAGUCGCGGGGGAUACAGUCGCGGGGGAUGCAGUUGCGGGGGAUACAGGCGCGGGGGAUACAGGCGCGCGGGGAGCAGGCUCGCGGGACGAUGGCGCUAGAAAGUUAGUGGCGGGGGGUGGUGGCGCGGGAACGGUCGCGAGAGGUGCGAACCAGAGCAAGGCGGAGCUGUCUCUCGGAUGCCUGUUCGCCUACGACCUGCCUGGCGGCGCCGACAUGCUCGCUGCCUCUGUGAUGGCAGUGGAGGAAAUCAACGGCGAUCCCAGCAUCCUGCCCAACCACGUGCUGCAUCUGACGGUGCAAAACUACUCCAUCGCCGAUCUCGCCAGUCAGCUCGCAGCAUUUGAGCUACUGAAGAACCACCCGGUGGCCGUGAUUGGUCCGCACACAUCUGAUCAGGCUGCCCGAUUCAGCCCGCUGGCAGCAGCAACCCAGGUGCCGUUCAUUUCCCCGUCAGCAACGGACGUGCAGCUCACGCUAGGCGCCCACCGCCCCUACUUCAUGCGCACUGUGGCCAGCGACGGCGUGCAGAUGACAGCCAUGGCAGCACUGAUCAAGCACUACAAGUGGAAGCAGGUGGCACUCAUUUACAGCGACGAUCGAUUCGGUCGGAACGGAGUUGCUGCCCUCAGCACACAGCUUCUCUCCAUUCAAGCAGAGGCGGAUGUGGUAGCGCGUGUGCCCAUCCCCCCAUCAGCCACACGUGACGGCGUGCAAGGGCUGAUGUCGUCUCUGCUUCUGCUGGACGUGGCAGUCUAUGUGCUGCACGCUUCCCCUGACGCAUACACAGCCGCUGUCGAAGCAGCCCAAAGGCUGAGUCUUCUUAGGAGGAGCAGCGUCUGGAUUUCCUCCGAAGCAGCGGCCGUCAUCAGUGCAUCGACAGGCCAGAGAGUGGAUGGCCUCAUCUUCACAGCCACGUACGUGCCUCCUUCCGCUCGACUCACAUCGUUCCUUGAUCGCUGGAAGCAGCUCAAUGCCUCGCAGUACCCAGGACUCAGCAGAACGAAGCCGUCACCGUACGCCCUCUCAUCACAUGAUGCUGUCACCCUCGUUGCAACAGCACUGCACACCCUGCUCUAUCCCCCGCCUGCUGCUUCAAGGCGAACACCUUCCAAGGCACUUCACAAAGGGAAGCAGCAGCAGCCGAUGAAACAGCAGCGAGUGCAGCAGCAACAGCAACCAGGGGGACAGCAGCAAGCAUUCCAGCAGUUGAAUCUGCCUCUGCUCCCCCCACUUCCCAACGGCACCGACGACGCACUUGUCCCAGAAAUCACCCACCUCCGAAGGAGCACAAUCGGCCCCACUCUUUGGGAGGCGCUUCUCAAGACAAGCUUCGUUGGCCUCCAGGGCAGGAUGUCUUUCACGUCGCACGGCGACAUGGCAAUGAACGAGACGCUCAUUCUCAACAUACAGCCAGGGGCGCCAGUGGAAGUGGGCCGCUGGUCCUCCACCCAAGGCCUUAUCCCAAACCUCCGAACCUCUUCAGCUCCAACGGCCUCUCGCACAGGCUCGGGCGCACCCGCGGGUCCAGGCCCGGUCGCAAGCCCGACCCCAGGCCCAUUCACCGGCUCGAGUGGACAGGCGUUGAAUGACCUUCCUAUUAUCUUUCCUGGCGGGCUCACACAGGUCCCAACAGGAUCAUUUCCCAAGACGCGGGUUCGGAUUGCUGUGCCCAAUAAGCAGCAAUACAAGGAGUAUGUGAACGUGUCGGAUGCUUUCGGGGAGGGCAACGCCCGCUUCUCAGGCUACUGCGUGGAGCUCUUCCGCCUGGCGGUUACGCGGUUACCCUACGAGCUGGACUACGACUUUGUGCUGUACGGGGACGAGUCCCUCAGCUACACGCAGAUGGUGCUGGCUGUGGCCAAUAAGACAUACGAUGCGGCAGUGGGGGACAUCACAGUGCUUGACUCCAGGAGCAAAGUCGUCUACUUCACCCACCCCAUUCAACAAUCAGGGCUGGGCGUGAUCGGCUACUCGCGCCCCUACACCAACCCCUGGCUGGCCUUUGACCCCUUCACGCCUGCCAUGUGGGCUGUCACUGCAGCCCUGUGUGUGUUCACAGGCCUUGUUGCAGUGCUUCUAGACGGACACGUGACACCGGCAUUCCAGGGCAAGCUGCACACGCGGAUGCUGACAGCCGUGUGGUAUGGCUGGGUCACAUUCUACAACAUUCCUGUGUACCACAUCCGCUCAACGCUCGCACGGAUAGUGGUGUCGCUCUGGCUGCUGCUCUCCUUCAUUAUAGCCACAUCCUACACUGCCAGCCUCACCUCCAUCCUCACACAGCAGAAGCUCGUCCCGCAAAUCCUUGACAUCUAUUCAGCGCUCACCAGCAAUUCACCCAUUGGCUACCAGCAGGGCUCCUUUGUGCACGCCUAUCUGUUACAGCUGGGUGUUGCUCCGGACAAGCUGAUAUCCCUGGCUGGGGAGAGCGAGUUCUCCUCCUCUCUCUCAUCAGGCCGAGUCACAGUGAUAGUCGACGAGGACCCCUACCUCAACCUCCUCGCUGCUGCCUUCUGCGAUGUGGCUCAGGCGCCUCAGCCCUUCUCCGUUCUCAGCCUCGCCUUUGCCUUCCCCAAGGGCUCCCAGCUGGGAGUGGACAUCUCGCAGGCCAUCAUCGAUCUUCAGAUGCUGGGCGAGCUGGAGCGGCUCAAGACGCAGUACUUACAGAAGGACAGCAUCUGCAGCGACGACCAAUCUAACUCUGCAGUGUUUGCUCAGCUCGAUGCUCAGAAGUUCUCUGCCCUUUUCAUUCUCUAUGCUGCCGUCUCUGUCCUCUGCUGCACCGGCUAUGUCGCUCUCCUCAUCCACCGCGGUUACCGUUACAUCCAGGAAACACACGGGCACCAAGAUCUCCAGCAGUGGCACAUGGAGCAGCAGGAGGGUGAGCUGUGGUAUGGCCAGGAGCACCAGGAGCACCAGGAGCGGUGCUCUGACAACAACACACGCCAUCCAGACCUUGCCAGGGAUCCUUAUGCUUACUACAGACGGGACAACGACGACGGCGGCGAAAACAAUAUUGACAAUUAUGCUGAUGAGGAGGGGGAGGAGGAUGACAAUGGUAGGGCUGGUGUGAGGGGCAGGGGAGAUGCUUUAGUGUGCUCGCUGCGUGCUGGCUCCUCUUAUAACGGCCUUUCAUGCGGGCUCGGCUCUUGGGACGCUGCAGCCUCACCAGCUGGCAGUUAUGGCAGCAGCAGCACAACCCCGCUCUUUAAAGGCGGCAGCAGCAGCAGCAGCAGCAGCUGCAGCGGUGGCGGCAGCAGCAGCAAACCCCUCCUCUUUAGCAGUGGCAGCAGAUGCAUCAGCAGCGGCUUUGCGUUUGGUGCUGGGGUCGCGAGCACCAGCCACAGCACUGCCACCAGGAACGCCGCCGCCAGUUGCAUUCCUUUCCUCCACCCAUCUGCCACAUCUGCCGCAUCCAGUCCAGCUGACCUGAUCCCCGGUGCCAGCUUGCCGUACCAAGGGGGGUCGCGACAUGGAGGCCUGGGGGGGUCAAGGCAGGGGAGCAAGCAGCUGGCGGUUUUAGAUGCCCUGCUUGAGGAAGACGGGGAGGAGGGGGGGGGUGGGGAUGAGAAGGGGAAGGAAGGGGAUGGAGAGAGGAGGGAAGCGGAUGGGAAGGGGGAGGAAGGGGAUGGGGAGUUGGGGGGUGGAGAUGAGGGGCGCACUCAGUCCGCUACUGCUGUAGUUGAGUCUGGUGCGGUGCUUGCUUCUAGCUCUGGUACUGCUGCUUCUUCUAGCUCGGGUGCUGCUGCUGCUUCGGAUGCUGUUACUGCUACUGGUAGUUCAUUUAGUCGGGCCAAUUCUUUGGUUCCCAUCUCAAUCGAGAAUCCAGCAGCACUGGCAGCAACAGCAGCAGUAGCAGUAGCAACAGCCACAGCAUCAGCACCAGCACCAGCACCAGCACCAGCACCAGCACCAGCACCAGCACCAGCACCAGCACCAGCAUCAGCACCAGCACCACCACCAGCACCAGCAGCAGCAGCAGCAGCAGCAGCAGCAGCAGCAGCAGCAGCAGCAGCAGGAGCAGCAGCAGCAGCAGCAGCAGCGCCAGCACCAGCACCAGCGCCAGCGCCAGCAGCAGCAGCAUCAGCAGCAGCAGCCGCACCAGCACCAGCACCAGCACCAGCGCCAGCAGCAGCAGCAGCAGCAACAGCAGCACCAGCACCAGCAUCGGCACCAGGAUUUGCAGAAGCAGCAGACACAACAGCAGAAGCAGCUGCAAUUGAAGCAAAUCGAUCAGUCACUUCCGGAGUCACGUUUGCCGCCGCUCCUGCUGCUGAUAGUGCUGCAACUGCUAACACCACUGCCACUCCUGCCACUGCUGCUACCCCUGCCACCCCUGCCACCACAGUCGCUGCUGCUACCCCUGCCACCCCUGCCAUCCCUGCCACCCCUGCCACCCCUGUCACCCCUGCCACCCCUGCCACCCCUGCCACCCCUGCCAUCCCUGCCACCCCUGCCACCCCUGCCACCCCUGCCACCCCUGCCACCCCUGCUACUGCUGCCAGCACUGCCGCUGCUACUACCCCUGCUACCGCAGCAGCCAAAGCAGUGGUGAACAGAGCAGCAGACCAGGUGUCAACUAAGAUUCUAUCCUCCGUGGGUGCAUCGCUCGACAUGGCUGCCAAUGUGCAACCAAGAGCAGCAUUCCCUAAAGCAGCCUAUGCUGCCAACAGCACUAACAACAGCAGUACUAGUGUUACUAACUUGUUUCCGAAAGUUAAAGGUUUGGCCAGUGUGGGUAGUGUGACUGCCAUGGUCCCGAAAGUGGGGGGUAUUGCAAGUGUGGCAAGUGUGGCUAACGUGUCUAACGUGCUACCCGGCAUGGCAGCUGUACAUAGGAUCAUUGAGACGUCCCAGGAGGGUGUGGUUACCAUGCAACGGACCAUGGACGAUUUAAUGGAUAAAUUCAACAAGGGCCUGGAGUGGAGUCGGGAGAAGCAUCUGGAUCCGGAAAACAUCCGACGGCAGACAGGCUAUUCCGCAGCAUCCAUCCUCCCGGACUUCUCCCCUUCCCCAAGCAACCCCUCGAGGAAACACAGCAGCACUGUCACACGUCCCUCCACCUCUUCUGGCGCCUUUCUCCGUGCCUCCAGUGCUGGCGAUGCCCUCGCUUCUCCCGCCUCUGCCUCUUCUUCCAAUCUCAGCGGUUCAAGUCUAAUCAGAGCGCCCCAUGUCGCACGUCCCUCCACUGCCUCUGGCCCCUUUCACCGUGCUUCUAGUGCGGGCAAUCCUCGCGCUUCUCCUGCCUCUGCCGCUCCUUCCAAACAAGUCAAUGGUCCGAAUCUCCGCAGGGCUUCCCCUGUCACACGUCCCUCCACUGCUUCGGGCUCCUUCCACCGUGCCUCUAGCGCUGGCGAUUCUCUCACUCCUCCCGCCUCUGCAUCUCCUUCCAGUCAGGUUUAUUUCUCAGGUCACCACACAGCUGACCCUCUUCCUGCUCGGCCCUCCACUGCUUCUGGUCCCUUUCACCGUGCUUACAGUGCUGAUGAUAGCCUUGCUGCUGGUGAUAGCAGUGCUGAUGAUAGCCUAGCAGGUGAUAUGCACAGUGCCCCUUGGUUUCACCGGGCGGCGAGUGCAGGUGAUAGUUGCACUGGUGGUAGUUUUGCCAGCUCUGAUGCAGCAGCAGCAGCAGCAGCAGCAGCAAGUGCUGCAGCAUCAUCACUGGUGCUAGAUCUGGAUGUGCUCGACAGAGCAAGGCUGGCAAGUGCCACUUUGCCAUCUUCGUCGUCAUUGCCUUCAGCAGCCGGCCCAUCAGUAGCAGCAUGUGGGGUUGGGGUAUCGCCAGGAGCAGCCGAAUCAGAUGUGCAGGAAGCAGCGCAGCUAAGGCCGCCUAAGAGGAGAAGUAUGGAACACCAGUUCGACUCCUCCUCAGUACACUCCUCACCACUGACAUUCAAUCGAUCCUUGUCUCAGCAACAGCAGAAGCAGCAGCAGCAGCAAUAUCAAUCGCAGCAGCUGCUGCUGCGGGAACAGCUCCCGCCUAAAGCAUCAUACGCACGGCUCAACUCCCCUCUCAAAGGUUCUCCGGUGCAGCAACGGCAGAGACUCCCGAGUGACAGGCCACGCAAGACUGUCCAUAGCCGGAGCGCGUCGUACGACAUCACACAGAGGACUGGAUCGAGCUUCGAGGGGGGAUUCGGAAGGAGGUUGGUGAACCUAGACGAUGUUUUGUCACCAGCGUCAUCUACGUUCGAUGCCGAUGUGAACAGCAGGAUCGACGAAGGAGAUCUCAAACGGGUUCGCGCAUUUCGUCUCUCGAAACCAUAUUGCCCUGAUUCCUGAAUCUUCCGAGUCGACGCAAGAAUCAAUAUCUACAACUAAUGUUAUGCAAACAGCCAGCCUGGUGAUGAUGACACAGGCCUCAGGUCAGGCGUGUCCAUCAUUUUUUUCUCAACGCGACAUCACCCUAAUUCCCCAGUGAUCUCAGAAGUCUAGAAUUUGUCUGCCGACGGGCUUGGCAUGGCAGGGCAUAUAUUGAGAGGUCCGACAGAAGUGCAAGGAUGGGGCUGAGUGGGCGAGUGGUUGAGCAAGCAGGCAAGCGGAGCGAGGGAUACAACAUUUGUUUGUGUAAGGAAUUAGUAAUUCCUUACUGAGGCUUGCUACAGGGCGUACGACUCGAACAGUCCCGAACCAGCAAUAGGGUUCCAGACCUUUCAGUUCGAGCCUCCUGGGCCUUUCUCUUAGAACUGAGAGAAUUGAAUUAGCAAGAGAGAGUACCUAAGUGUUGUACCCUCUAAGAGGCAACCCUAUACAGUCUAUACAAACAUUAGAGAUGCACAUGUUUGACAUGUUGUGAUAUAAUUGAUACUUAGCA